GAGAGCGGAUAUAGUGAAUGCGGGGUCGGGGGAGAGCGGAUAUAGUGAAUGCGGGGUCGGGGAGAGCGGAUAUAGUGAAUGCGGGGUCCGGGGAGAGCGGAUAUAGUGAAUGCGGGGUCCGGGGAGAGCGGAUAGUGAAUGCAGGGUCCGGGGAGAGAGGAUACCGUGAAUGCGGGGUCCGGGGAGAGAGGAUACCGUGAAUGCGGGGUCCGGGGAGAGAGGAUACCGUGAAUGCGGGGUCCGGGGAGAGAGGAUAUAGUGAAUGCGGGGUCCGGGGAGAGCGGAUAUAGUGAAUGCAGGGGUCCGGGGAGAUCGGAUAUAGUGAAUGCGGGGUCCGGGGAGAUCGGAUAUAGUGAAUGCGGGGUCCGGGGAGAGCGGAUAUAGUGAAUGCAGGGUCCGGGGAGAUCGGAUAUAGUGAAUGCGGGGUCCGGGGAGAGCGGA